UCCCCUAGAAACGGGCUCCCCCCGCGUGCGCAGGUUCGAUGGGUAGCCGGACGCGGAAGAACUGGCCCCGCCGAGGCUCCCGCUUCCGAAGCGUGGGAGGCUGAAGAGCUGGCAGGUUGUAGAUUUUGAUCUUGGCCCUUACGGGUUCCCCGGCCAUUAGAACCUGAGAGGAAGAGGAGGCACCGGUGGCGGCAGAGGGGACGAAUCCUUCCACCAGUCCUCAAGGCGGGAGGGGGCAGGGUCGGGAGAAGCCCCGAUCCCAGGGCUGAGGAGUCUCCGGACCGGAUCCCGGAGCAUGGGGGGCUGGACAAAGUCCCCGAGUAUGGGGAGCUGGAUCCGCCGAGACCUCCCAGCCGGGCCCUGCCCGACUGUAGGGUCCUGGUUGCUAACGCUGCCCAGGGAGCCGCGGCAUCUAUAGCCGGUCCCCGCCGGUGGCGCUCGGCGGGAAAGACAGAGGCAUGAGUUCCACCAUUGCCUAGUUUCCUCCCCGUCUUCCUCUUCUCCCGCUGGCCUUCCUCUCUUCCCCAUACCUCCUCCUUCCUUCCCGUCCUGUGCUAUUUCCCUACCGUCUUUCCUCCUUUCCCUUACCUCUGCCCUACCUCUCCAUCGAUCCUCUUUCCACCCCCCUUCUUCUUUUCCCUCCUCCCGCCAUCCGUCUUUCCUGUACUACCUUUCUUCAUUCUGUCGCCGUCCAACACAAUCUCCAUCCGUCUCCCCUUUCUCACCACCGUCCUCUCUCUUCCUCAUCAGCUUCCUACCCUGCCCCUCCUUCUCCUCCUCCUCCUCCUCCCCUAGUUUCUCCACCCCCAAGCCUCCGCCCCUUAGCCCCCGCCCCCAGCUGCCAGUCCCCAGAACCUCAGUCCUGCAGUGAGUCUUGGAAGCCCAUAGCUAAGCACCAGGAGCAGAGUACUGCCCGCUGUGCCUGCCUGAAAGUCUCCGACAUGGCUCAGGAGAAAAUGGAGCUGGACUUUGAGCCUGACAUAUCUCAUGCGGCCACCCUGAGAAGAUCCAACAGCGCUCCCCUGAUCCAUGGGCUCAGCGACCUUUCACAGGUUUUUCAACCUUACACGUUGCAAACUCGGAGGAAUAGUACAACAAUUAUGAACAGUCGCAGUUUGUUGCUGCCAUCUUCAACUAAUCGUAUCCCUAGUAGCAGACUGCAUCAAAUCAAAAGGGAAGAAGGCUUGGAUAUAAUGAAUAGAGAAACUGCGCAUGAAAGGGAAGUGCAAACGGCAAUGCAGAUAAGCCAAUCUUGGGAUGAAAGCUUGAGCCUGAGUGAUAGUGAUUUUGACAAGCCGGAGAAAUUAUAUUCUCCUAAGAGAAUUGACUUCACUCCAGUUUCUCCAGCGCCUUCACCAACCAGAGGAUUUGGAAAGCAAUGCUUUUCACCAUCCUUACAAAUGUUUGUGAGUAGCAGUGGAUUGCCAUCAAGUCCGUUUGGUACUCCAAGACGAUUUUCAAACCGGAGAUAUCAGAGUCCAGUAAAAUGCAUUAGACCCAGCGUUCUUGGUCCUCUUAAAAGAAAAGCCAGGGACCCAGGGGUCUUCAUGUCCUUUAUUGCACAGGCGAGAUGGAGACCGAAAGUCAGCCCAAGAGACUCUUUCAAGGCACCACCAACAUGCUCUCUCCGGAUGCAGCACAGCUGUCUGAUCUCAAUUCAUGGUGGUGUUACCAAGGAGAAGAAAUUCCUGCCUUGACCAGAUGUGUGGAGCAUCUUCAAAUGAAUGAAUAAUGUUCUGUACACAAACCACUGUGUACAAAAGCAGGCGUCCAUGGAGCUGUCAGUGUUUGUGGUAGUAUCAUGGGGGCUUAAAUGCCUUGGGUACAUUGUCAUGCUAGAAGGGAUGUAUAUUGUAAGAUCACAUGGAAAGGGAAGCUUUGUGUGACUGCCACGUACUGUUUUAGUUGCUGCUUUGUUCUGAUUCCUUUUUGUUAUUAGACUUGUUUGUUUUGUUGUGUGGUGAUGGGUGUUUUGGUUAUUGUGUUGUCCUCAGAGUGGGAAUCCAGUUCUUAUUCAUGCUGUGUUAUCAUCCAGGCAGUUUACUAUCUAUAAGGAAGCUUUUAGGAGUUGAAAAAGUCAGUGUUAGCGUGCAUUCUGCUUUAAGGAAGCUGCUUGAGCCGUAAACAGUAUACAAGUUAGCAAGUGUGAAGUACCAAAUGUUAUUUAAUUUUUCUAGGAAGAGUCUCCUGAAUGAGUCAUUUAAGAAAUCUUGAGUGUAAUCUAAUGUUCUGUUAAUGUACUAUUUACUUCAUUAUGUAAAUGUCUGUUCUGAUAAGUUUCUGUUAGUACUUGGACAUUGUGUAUGGAAUGUCUGUUUAAUAUGCACAUUUACACACUAGGAUCAUAAUAUUCCAUUUUAAGUGAAUGUAAGGAACAAAAACUACUGCACUUGGGUCUUGAAGGAAAGCUCCUUGGACUUGAAAAUGAUGUGCUUUGAAGGCACUUAGAGACUAGUAAUAGUUUGAAGGGAAACCUGUGCUCUUUCAAUUAUUAGAGAGCAUCGCUUGGCUUGCAGCACAGUAAUUCUGUCGCAGAAUCAGACGUGUUCUUUCUUUCUAAUUGUAAUCAGCACCAUAACAGCCCUCACUGACUUUAGUUCUUGGGUUGUUUUGCCUGUGCAAAGUGCAUAAUCUGUCAAGCCUAAUAUAUAUGCAUCUGUCAGGAAAGUAGACCCCUCGUGUGCUAUUUAAAAGAAAACUUCUUUGAUAGCAUUCAUUGUACCUAUUCUGUUUGUAAAAGGGCCAUACUAAGAUAUUUUGUCCCUGUAAUGAUGGUAGAUGGUUUUGUCUUUCAGGAGAUUUGUCUACUUUCACUCUACUUUCUUAUUUGCCUUAAAGGAACAUUUGUAAGUUCUAAUUUAGGACUAUUAAGAGAUAACCUUUGAAAUGUGGUGAUCUUUAAAUUUAUUUUUGAAGUUCAGUGGUGGGGUAGAACCUGGGGAAGAAAUUGUUUCAGUGGUCUGAUUACCAGGAGGUAGGAUAAUUCACUUUGUUUAAACCAAGGGUCGUUUUUAUGUGUUUUAAUCAGAUGGACUAGAGGCUGGACAUAGUGGUACAUGCCUGUAAUCCCAGAUACUGAGGAGGCUGAGGCAGGAGGAUCACAACAAGUUUAAGACUAGCCUGGGCAAGACUUUGUCCCAAAGGGCAGAGGAACUAACUCAGUGGUAAAACACUUGCCUGUCUUGUGCGUGGCCCUGAUUCAGUCUCCAGUACCAAAAUAAAUAAGUAUAUAAAUAAAUGGACUAGAAAGUUAAGUUUGUGCAAAGAUUGUUCUGAAAUAAAGAAGAGAUAUGCUAGCCCACAGAUGAGCUUUGUUAACAGUGCUCCUUUAUUUUUAUAUAAAGUCUAAUAUUUGAAAAGUGGUUAUUGUUAUAACGUAAAACUCUCUUCUUAUUCUAAUAUUAUAUAUUUCAAGUUUCUAUUUGAAAACAAGUGUGAAGAGUAAUACAUUAGGAAAAUCCUAUAGAUACUGUUUUGGCUUGAUACUUAAUCACUAUGUUUCAUAAUAGCUUUUGGAAUAACAAAGUUUUGUGAAAUGCUGGCUUGUGUUUAUCUUAGAAUGCAAAGUUAAUAAAGUAUAUACAUGCAUAAAAUAUAA